CAGGGAGUGCGGCAGAGUACUUCCCGUCGUGCUUUGCACUAGUCCAGUUCUGCGCCACUCGCGUGUCUUCUGCUGCCGCCGUUGUUCCAUUGAGAGAACCUCAACAUGGCGUCCGACGGACCACCGGGCACCGAUUCACUCCCGUCCGAUUUAGGCAGUGCUAUUGCGGCAUUGAACACAUGGAGCCACCCGGAGCUUCAGUCCAAGCUGGCGGAGCUGGGGGCGCCCACGAUGGGUCCCAGAGAGGAGCUGAUUGACAGACUGAAAGGCUACAUGAUACAGACUGGGAUCCUCCUCAGCAAACCUAACGAUGACAAACCUAUGGGCUCCCAGAUGCCAGGUAUGCCUCCCAUGCCCCCGAUGCCCAUGCCACCCAUGCCUCCUGGUAUAGGCAUGCUCCAGGCUAUGAGCAUGAUGCCCGGAGGGCCCCCUCCACCCGGCAUCCGCAUGGGCAUGGAGCCCCCAGGUUUGCCCCCUCCAGGCCUGUCGCAGGAUGAUCAGCUGAAGAUGGCUCAGCAGAGAGCAGCCAUGGUGUUACAGCAGGAGGAGAGAGCCAAGCAGCAGGGUGAUUCCCGUGGCAUGGAUGAACAUGAUCUUCUGGAGCAGCAGAAAAGGGCUGCAGUGCUGCUGGAACAGGAGCGUCAGCAGGAGAUGGCUAAGAUGGGGGGGCCCAGAGCCAUGCCCUCUGUCAGCGCAAUGAGAGGUUUGGAUCCUCGUGGGCCGCUGCCUCCUGGUGUGAGUAUGUUGCCGACCCAGAAACAGAGAGUGCCACCUCCUCCAGGAGAAGAUAACAGAGAGCUCUGGCAGAGUGAGGAGGUGAGUGUCAGUGGGCCCAAGAUCCCUCAAGCUCUGGAGAAGAUCCUCCAGCUGAAGGAGAUCAGACAGGAGCAGCUCACCGACCCCACAGAAGAGGAGGAAGAUGAUGAGGGAGCAGAGAUGGACAUGACCAACUCCUCUGCACCAGUCAUGUCUGAGACAGAAGACGACGACGGCCAGAUAUCUAAGAAAGAUAAAAACCGCAGACGCAGAAACCGCAAGAAGAAGAGCAAGCAGAAGCGAGCCCAGGAGAAGAAGGAACAGGCGGAGCAGCAGAAGAAGGAGGGCGGCGACAAAGACAAGGACAAGGACAAAGAGAAGGAGUCAGAGGUGGAGAUCGAGUACAUCACAGAGGAGCCGGAGAUCUACGACCCAAACUACAUCUUCUUCAAGAGGAUAUUUGAGGCGUUCAAGCUGACUGAUGAUGUGAAGAAAGAGAAGGAGAAGGAGCCUGAGAAGGCAGAGAAGCAGGAGACGGCCGUGCUGCGGAAAAAGGGAUUUGAGGAUGAGAGGAAAGACAGCGACGACAGUGAUGAGGAAAUCCGACCAGAUGUACCUAAACUCUCAAAGAAGAAGCUGAGGAGGAUGAACAGGCUGACUGUGGCUGAACUCAAACAGCUGGUGGCUCGUCCAGAUGUAGUUGAGAUGCAUGAUGUGACGGCCCAGGAGCCCAAGUUGCUCGUCCACCUAAAAGCCACCAGGAACACAGUGCCGGUACCCCGCCACUGGUGCUUCAAAAGAAAGUAUCUGCAGGGCAAGAGAGGUAUAGAGAAGCCUCCGUUUGAGCUACCUGAGUUCAUCAAGAAAACUGGUAUCCAGGAGAUGAGGGAGGCCCUGCAGGAGAAGGAGGAUGCCAAAACCAUGAAAACCAAAAUGAGAGAGAAGGUUCGUCCCAAGAUGGGAAAGAUCGACAUCGACUACCAGAAGCUCCACGAUGCCUUCUUUAAAUGGCAGAUCAAACCCAAACUCACUAUCCACGGAGACCUUUACUACGAGGGAAAAGAGUUUGAAACUCGUCUGAAAGAGAAGAAGCCGGGAGAUUUGUCUGAUGAGCUGCGUAUCGCUCUGGGCAUGCCAGUUGGACCUAACGCCCACAAGGUGCCUCCUCCCUGGUUGAUAGCCAUGCAGAGGUACGGCCCACCUCCCUCCUACCCCAAUCUCAAGAUCCCCGGACUCAACUCCCCCAUUCCAGAGAACUGUACGUUCGGUUAUCACGCCGGAGGCUGGGGGAAGCCACCUGUAGAUGAAAUGGGCAAACCUCUUUACGGUGAUGUGUUUGGUACCAAUGCGGCAGACUUCCAGGCCAAAGCAGAGGAGGAGGAGGUGGAUCACACACCGUGGGGAGAACUGGAGCCUUCAGACGAGGAGUCAUCAGAGGAAGAGGAGGAGGAGGAGAGCGACGAGGAGAAACCAGACGAAACUGGGUUCUUCACACCAGCAGACAGUGGGCUGAUCACCCCUGGAGGCUUCUCAUCAGUACCCGCCGGCAUGGAGACCCCAGAGCUGAUUGAGCUGAGGAAGAAGAAAAUCGAGGAGGCCAUGGAUGGAAAUGAGACGCCACAGCUGUUCACAGUGCUCCCAGAGAGACGAACUGGCCCCGUAGGAGCAGCCAUGAUGGCGUCGACACACAUCUACGACGUGUCAGGGGCCAUGGCAGGUCGUAAGGCGGGCGGAGGGCAGGAGUCACAGGGCGUAGAGGUGGCCCUGGCUCCAGAGGAGUUGGAGCUGGACCCCAUGGCCAUGACGCAGAAGUACGAGGAGCACGUCAGAGAACAGCAAGCCCAGGUGGAGAAAGAGGACUUCAGCGACAUGGUGGCUGAGCACGCUGCCAAACAGAAGCAAAAAAAGAGGAAGGCCCAGCCACAGGACACGAGGGGCGGUGCCAAAAAAUACAAAGAGUUCAAGUUCUAGAGCGGAAACACCAAGACGAAGCGCUGCGAGAGAGUGAGCCACAAAAGGAAAUGGAAGAGGAAGAGCCGUAUUUAGAUUUUAACUUCGGAGGAUGCAGACUGCAACACCAGUCGUCUGUUAGACCAGUAGCAGUAAACAAGUUUCUGUUCCCUUUUUUUUAACUAUAAAUAGAUGAUGCUUUUGUGACGCAUGUCAUGUAAUCAGUGUCACAUGAGAACAGUGACAUGUAUACCUCUGUUUGACUCUACAUUUUUUGUCUUGGUUAUUUUUUCUUUUUUUCUGUUUUUGUAAAUAAAUGAAGUGGUGACAGGAGUUCACAACUGUA